AUGAACGGUCGAGAGAUACCUGGAUUCUGCUGGGAUCCUGAGAAAAAAAAGUACUUUCGGAUUCAGGCCAACCAUGUAGCUCCAACAGGAUCCCAGUACUCUGCUCAGGCCGUCAAGAAGCGAAAAUAUGAUUCCGAGGUGCAAAAACAUCGAGAAGGUGUUGAAAGGCAGAUUCGGCUACAACGAGUGCGAAAGUCACGCCAUCUGACCAACCCAAUCAGUAGAAUUACUGCAGAAAUCGAGAGUGAUCCUGUUCGUGGGUUUGUGAAACAGUCCCGCCAGGGAGAAGCAUUUACCAGUCAGCUCCAACUACGUCGUGGCUAUGAUUUGGACAGCCUGACACUGGAUGCGACGGUCGCCGACUUUGCUCGGCACGAUGAAUCCGGGGCUCUGAUUGUUGGGUUAAACAACAGUAGGUUCUCCUGCGAUUUAAUAGUAUGCCCUCCGUUUGCGCAGGAGGAAGGGAAGGAGGAAGGAAAAGUUUCCAGUAUCCCUAGUGGUACUGACAAGUUUGUUUCUAUGCAUCGCUUGUCGUCUCUUUCCCUAUGUGAUUCCGGUGCCUUUUUGGCUACAAUGGAUAGUGGCAUUGAAGGAGAUUCCAUGUUCCUCGUCGGCUCUGUGGCGAAUGUGCCAACGGAUGGAACCCCAAUUCGAGCAAGUCAACUUCCUUUGGAAUUAACGGGGCAUGAUUCCACUAUGUGGUGUUCAGCAGCGAGGCCAGACUCUGGCAACGACCCCUUCUUCGCAGUAGGAACCUCUGAGGGGUUGUACACGUUUCGUCAGGGAGAUAUGGCCCUUACCAGGGCCAAUAUCAAUCUACCUAAACGGUCCCGAAAGGCUAGCAAAGACGUUGACUUGUUAGCUUUGGAUUGGCUAUCCCCGACAGUUAUCGCCACGGGAUUCAGAAAUUCGCUAGUCGGACUUUACGAUGUGCGCAGUAGUGGGUUUGCUACUCGAAUACAGCAUCCCCGGUCAGUUGGGCAAGUUAAGAGGGUUGACGAGAACCGGCUAGUUGUAGCAGGCUAUCGUUCGAUGCAAAUGUACGAUAUUCGAUUUCCAAGUAAACGUGGAAUUCUGAGCAACUCUUGCCUCACCUUCGAAGAUUACGAGAACGAAUUCCGGCACCAGAUCGAUGUGAACUGUGGACUCGGUUUGGUUGCUAGCAUCAAUGAUGGUGAAAGAAUUCGGUUCCACUCCCUUGCCGACGGCUCAAAUAUCCCAACCGGACGGUCAAUGGAACGGAAUAUAGCUGCCACAAACAGGAUAAUGUUUGAGAACUCUCAGGGCAUGUCGCGAUUAGGGCAGUAUCCGCGGCUGUUGGUGUCCAAGGGGACAGUUGUUGCAGAAUUGGCGUGGUGA